GUAAUACGUAAAUGUAAGUUGAAAGAAGAGUUGUAACUUGUAAGCAUCAUUUCCCAUUCGCUGUUUGUCCGUCGUGUGGUGCGCUGCGCGGUUCUGGUUCUGUGGGUGAAGGAAAGGGGCAUUUGUGCAUAACCGUUUUUCAGUUGGUGUUUUCACCCCUUCAUCGACAAUAAGUCACAAAUAAGUGGCUACACAGAGCUUGCUGAGCUGGUCGCCAUGCUGCCAUCACGGAUGCUGUGCCGCCGCAACUUUAAAUGGUUGCUGCUGGUGGCAGCAGUUUGGUGCUUUGGCAUCGUCUACUACGUGUCUGUGAAGGGCAAUGACCCACCACAGACCUCGGGCGCGAACCGGGCUCUCCGCCUGAAGGCCGCUCCCGAGACGGCGGCCACGCUGUCGGCCGGUCGGCGGCCCGGCGCCCCGCCUCCGUCGGUGUUCGACGAACGACAGUACGUGGCAGGAGGCGCCCUGAGACCCGGCGAGGACCCCUACAAGCGUAACAAGUUCAACCAGAAGAUCAGUGACAGCCUGGCCAGCGACCGCAGCAUACCGGAUACCAGAAACUCGGCAUGUCAGCAGCGGAUAUGGCGGCAGGAUCUGCCGGCCACCAGUGUCAUCAUCACUUUCCACAACGAGGCGCGCUCCACGCUGCUCAGGACUGUCGUCAGCGUGCUGAACCGCAGCCCGGAACACCUGAUCAAGGAGAUCAUCCUGGUGGACGACUUCAGCGAUAACCCUGAGGAUGGAAUUAUGCUGGAGAAGAUUGAGAAGGUCAAAGUGCUGCGGAAUGACAAGCGUGAAGGUCUGAUGCGCUCACGGGUGAAGGGCGCUGACGCGGCUACGGCGCCCAUCCUCACCUUCCUAGACUCUCACUGCGAGUGUAACGAAAACUGGCUGGAGCCCAUGCUGGAGCGGGUAGCCGAGGACCGGUCCCGCGUCGUCUGCCCCAUCAUCGACGUCAUCUCGAUGGACAACUUCCAGUACGUGGGCGCCUCUGCCGACCUGCGCGGCGGUUUCGACUGGAACCUGGUCUUCAAGUGGGAGUACAUGACGGAGACGGAGCGGCGCCGCCACCGCGCCGACCCCACGCUGCCCAUCAAGACGCCCAUGAUUGCCGGCGGUCUGUUCGUCAUGGAUAAGGCCUGGUUCGAGAAGCUCGGCAAAUACGAUAUGCAGAUGGAGGUUUGGGGUGGAGAGAACCUCGAGUUUUCGUUCCGCGUGUGGCAGUGCGGUGGCUCUCUGGAGAUCAUUCCCUGCAGCCGCGUGGGUCACGUGUUCAGGAAACAGCACCCCUACUCGUUCCCCGGCGGCAGCGGUCAGGUGUUUGCGAAGAACACUCGCCGUGCCGCCGAGGUGUGGAUGGACGACUACAAGAAGUUCUACUACGCCGCCGUACCGCUGUCCAGAAACGUGCCGUUCGGAAGCAUUCGUGAGCGGACUGAGCUGAAGCGUCAGCUCAAGUGCCACUCGUUCCGGUGGUUCCUCGAUAACGUCUACCCGGAACUGAAGGUUCCAGACGCCGGCGACAUGGCGUUCGGCUCCAUCCAGCAGGGUCACAUGUGCGUGGACACGCUCGGUCACAUCGUGAACGGCACUGUGGGCCUCUACUCCUGCCACAACGGCGGGGGUAACCAGGACUGGACUUACACCCGCGAGCAGACGAUCCGGCACAGAGACCUGUGUAUGACGCUGCUGGAGGCGCGGCCCGGAGCGCCCGUGCUGCUGCAGCGCUGCCGCACCAGUCAGACCAACCAGCGGUGGGAGCGGCGAGACGGCACCAUUCGGCACGUGCUGUUCGACCUCUGCGCCGACUCAGACCUGCCCCAGUCGCGCGGUAUGGUGGCGCGGGCCUGCGACCCGGAGACGCUGACCCAGCAGUGGCGCUUCACCGUCAACCAGAUCUGAGCGCGCCCAACCGACACACGUCAACCGAGAGCACUUUCAGAGCUUGUGAUACUGCCGCCGCGCCCGGCAGCGGAGGGUACUAGAGUGUCGGUCGACAGUCGCUAGGCGGCGCUAGUGGUGCGACAGGCCGCUCUCGUCAAGGGCUGCGGUGGAACUAUAGGUCUGCGCAUUGACGCGGCCGCCAAUAGGUAAAAGUGCUGGAAGAUGUGGACUACUGUCGCUACGCGGAACUGGUGGUUCGUAUGAUGGCCACUGGAUGUCAGUAGGUGGUUCUAGCGGUUGGGACCGCUUCAGGGAGUAGGUGCGAGACCGCUGGCCGACGAUUGUUCGGCUCUGCCCCGCCCUUCGACGGAAGCUGAACUGUCGACGGCUGCUGGGCGGCCCAUAUCCGACCAGCUUGGCACUGGACGGCUGCGGUGACCCCACCUGACCUGACCGGACCGGACCUGAGGUGUCUUCCGGUGUGGCGCUCCCUCAGCAUCCCAGGCACAUGCGGUGGGACAGAACAGUGGCCGCAGACAGCGACACUGGAGACAGCGGACGGACAGACAGUUGUCGCAGACAGCGACGCAGUCAGUGGAGAUCGCGGGGCAGCUCCGCCCCCUCACAGGAAGAUCGUGAUUCUACGAUCAGCUCGGGAACAUACUUCGUUUUAGGAUUUCAUGUCGCUUCUCCCCUAGAAAAGAAAUUAGUACAACGAUUUAGUAACGAAUGAUGAAGGGUGCGUUCUUCUUAAGGACUUGUAAACAUCUUGUAUGUGACAGGAGAGAGUGGCAUGUGACUGAAGUCAGAUGUAUGUGUAUUUUAGGCAAUAGGAAGGCGAAAUUGUGGGUAUAUUACUCCACAAUUAUUCGCACUUAAACAUAUUUUCUUUCAGACUUAUCUGAAGCACGAUUGAUGAUCUGCUUCCGGUCUUAGGAUUGCUGCAUUCUGUAUACAGUGUGUCGAGUGUGUGGUACAUGUGCACGUUUGCAAACUGUGAAUCCAUAACUUAUCCAUGCCAAUCAUUUCACCAUUCGAAACGUCUUUUCCGGUAUAUGAUAUUCGUGCUAUCGGCGGACAAUCGACGAAAAGGCUGUUGAAUGCAUCUGAAACUCAUUCAGAUAGACACCAUGCGAAACGGAGAAUGUUCUUGAAAGGAGUCAUGAAUUGCAUGCUUGUCAAACUUGCUUUUUGUACUCUUUUCUGCUUAUUUUCGUAAACGACUUUUAUUUGAGGGAUCAGGAAAUGACUGGAAUCAUGCGUACCGGUUGUUGCAUAAUAUGUUUGUGAACUACAUUCUGUGUGUGUCGAGUCCCUCCGCGACCUGAAGGUCUUCCAGUCGGGUGUGGACAUGAAGAAAAGUGUGUCACUACGCUGCAGCCGCCUCCGGGUGCGCUGUCAAAUAAACUCGAUAUUAUUACGGCUGUCA